AUGGGUACCUCACUACUCCGGACGUUGGUCGUCAUUUGCCUCACCACGUUACCUUUCCUCUCAGAAGCCCAAAAUAGUGGGAGCGGAGCUUCUGGUGGAGAUCUAUCAAUCGGACCCAUACCAUCUACUAAAACAUAUCCUGCCGGAACCCAGUCGCCGAUCCCAGGCGCACCCCCCCUUCCCGCUGUCUCGAUAGACUCGAACCAAUACCCUCCGCUUGAUAAAAUUCCUCCAACGGAUUCGGAAGUUGUGAAAGCAUGGCUCUCAAAAAUCGAUUUGUCUAAAGCACCUACUUCCAAGCCUACUGGGCUUAACGGCUGCUCGAACACGACCUUCAAUGCUGAUGCCAUUGCCAAAGCCGGGCCGGAGGGUAACUGUUGGUGGUCUUGUGCCGGAUGCACUCGAUCUACUGAUAUCACAACCUGUCCAUCCAAGGGCACUCUCGGGGCUUCUUUUGACGACGGACCCUCGGAAUUUACGCCAACCGUACUCCAGUACCUGGCCGAAAAUAAACUCAAGGCCACCUUUUUCAUCGUUGGUUCUCGCGCCAUAAGCUUACCAGACGUCCUUCGAGCUGAAUACAUGGCGGGGCAUCAGUUAUGUCUUCACACUUGGUCGCAUCCGUCUCUGACCAGUCUAACAAAUGAACAAAUAGUUGCUGAAUUCGCUUGGAGCUUGAAGGCCUUCAAAGACAUCCUUGGGAUGGUGCCUAAUUGUGCUAGGCCUCCUUAUUCGGACAUCGAUGAUCGAGUUAGGUAUAUCAUGAAUGCCAUGGGGCUUAAGACUAUUCUGUGGACGCGCACUAGUACCACUAACUUUGACACUAACGAUUGGAAAGUGGUUGACGGUAUCAAUCCUGCCUCAACAUCCAUCCAAGCAUUCCAAGGAUUCUUGACCGCCGCGACCACUCUGCAAACCGGUUUCAUAGUUCUCACACACGACCUGUUCAGCCAGACGGUUGCCUUAUCAACCAAGCAUUUCUUGCCGACUGCGCUGAAGACCCCAGGUAUGAAAGUUCAAUCAAUAUCUGACUGUCUGGGCCAGUCACCUGGCGCAUCAUACUUCGAGACCGCUGGAACCGCCGGAGGCGCAGCUUCCGGAGGUACCGCUGCCGGAGGUACCGCUGCCGGAGGUACAGCUCCCGGGGGUACGGCGCCCGCAGGCAACUCGACCUCUGGGCAAAAUGGAACCGGAAAAUCAGGAUCAACUAGUCCCGCCACCAACCAACCUGGUAGCCCGGCAAAGCCGAAAGAUUCGGGGGCUUCUCGAACCAAAGUUUUCCUCUGGCAGUCCGCACUGUUCCUCGUCAUCAUCUUGGUUUUGGUCUGA